AUGUGGAUUGCAUUGGGUUUCAUUCAGCCGUCUCAAGGAAUGACGAUGGAGGAUAUCGGAGGAAGGUAUUUUGAUGUUUUAGUCAAAAAAGCUUUAUUUGACAAGUUUGAGGCUGAUGAUUACGAUUUGGUGGUCAAAUAUAACUACAAGAUGCAUGAUUUAAUACAUGAGUCAGCAUGUAGAUUUUUUGCACAGGUAUGCGGUAAACUUGUUAAUGAUGAAGUGUCAUCUCUCCAAAUUUCUAAGACCAUUCGACACUUGUCUGUUCUAAAUGCAAAACCAGACAUCUUAAGAAAGAUUGAGAAGUUGAAACAUUUGCAUUCUCUUUUCUUGUUCUAUGAAGAUUUUCAUGAUCAGGAUCUUUGUAGUGGACUUAUUGAAAUAUUAAAAGUUUCGAGAAGCCUACGCUUAUUAUACAUAUGUAUUGAUAAAGUUGAAUUGAAAUUGAUACUUGAGGAGAUUGGAAAUUUGAUACAUCUUCGAUACUUAAAGAUUGAUUGUUAUAAUUUGACUAUGCUGCCAAGAUCUCUAAGUAAUCUCUAUCACUUGCAAUACAUUAUCUGUGAGCGGCCACGGAGCCUAGACGAACCUGAAGGUGAUGAUUUUUUACCAAAUGACAUUAAUAAACUUUUAAACUUGCGUUACGUGAAAUUGCCGAAGAAUUGUAUUUCAUGGAUUUGUGAGAUUGGGAAGCUAAAGUCUCUUCAAGAACUGUGUAAGUUUAUACUUAGAGAUGAGAGUGGUUAUAGAAUUGGGGAGCUGAAGAAUAUGAAUGAUCUUUACAAAUUAGGAAUCAAAUGUCUUGAAAAUCUUAAGGAUGGCGAGGAGGCUCGUAAUGCCCAAUUAUGUGAAAAGAGGAGACUCACAGAUUUGACCUUAUGUUGGAGUCAUAGUCACAUUGAUUCGACGAACAACGAUUUAGAUGAGAAUGUGCUCCACAACCUUCAGCCACCAAAAUGUCUAAGGAAUCUGAGCAUAAAGAGAUACAUGGGUGCAAGGUCUGCAAUAUGGAUGAACAAUGUCAAUCCGAUCUUCAAUCUAGAGAUAAUCUCAUUGACAGAUUGCUUGGAGUUGGAAACUCUUCCUCCUUUCGGGCAACUUCCCUUCCUCAAGUUUCUAAAACUUGCAAGGAUGCCUAAAGUAAAAUGGCUCGAAAGUAAAUUUAAUGGGAAUGAAAAAUACCAUGCCUUUCCAUUGCUAGAGAAGUUAUAUAUUCACAGAUUAGAAGCAUUAGAGGAUUGGUUUGAGGCAGGAGUAGCUGCUGAAGAUGGAUGUUUGUUUCCUUGCUUAAUUAAUCUGGAGCUACAUGACUGCCCGAAGUUGAAAGAGUUGCCCUCUUUGCCUCCUAAGCUCAAGGGGUUGAAUAUAUCAAACAUGGGGUGGAAGACUUUGAAUUUUUGUAGCAAUUCAAAUCCUAUUCCCCUUGUAUCAUUAGAGGCCUAUCACUGUCCUAACAUUAUAUCUCUUCCUCUGGCUGAUGAAAUAGCAAGGCUUGCAGCACUAAGAUACUUGACAAUUAGUGAUUGCCCUAAUCUGAUCUCUCUGGGAAGAUAUCGACAAGUGGAGACCACUAAUAAUUGCCACCUCAUGCUCGACGAUCUUGAUAUAAGUGAUCCAUCCGUGUUGCUAAUGGAGCCAUUGAGAAGCAUCGCCUCCUUAAAAAGGCUGAGUAUUGUGUUUCAAGCUGAGGUGGUUUCAUUUCCAAAUGAGUUGGAGCAGUGGCUUCUGACUGUGAGGUCUUCUCUUUCUGACCUGUUAAUUUUUAAUCUCAAAUCCUUACAGUCUCUCCCUUCCACCUUCGAAAGCUUAUCUUCACUUCAGUAUCUACGUAUCACUGGCGUUCCUAUGCUUCGGGAAUUACCGAACCUUCCUCCCUCUUUGAAAUGUCUAGCAAUUGAGAGAUGUCAUCGAGAGCUGAAGGAGCGCUAUGGAGAGGACGGAGGCUCCGAUCGGCACAAGAUUGCUCACAUUCCUGAUAUCUUUUUUCUUUAA